UCACGCAACUGUGUCCGACCAGACGAAGUAUCGAUGGAACAAUCGGCUUGCAAUAUCGCCGAUACUAAUCGCGGGCGUUAGCAGACGAAGUAUCGUAUUUUAAAUUCUUAGUGUAACUAGAAUAUCACAGAACUUUUUAGUUUGAUAAGGAUUUAAAUUGUAAAAAAUUCCACGUGUUGUAGAUUGUGUUUCGGGGCUUCUAGGAAUAGUGGUUAUGACACUUAUUGUCUUUGAAGUUUUAUCUAGGAAUCUGUCAAAACGUCUUGUAAGCUCUGGUCCUCAUUUUAGAAUGCAUUCUAUGGCAUUUAUUACAGCACCCGAUGAAGAGUGGCCUUGUUACAGCGAAACUGGCAGCAUGUGUCAACAUAAUUCCAAAAAUCACAUCUGUGUAUAAUUGGGAUGGAAAAAUCAAUGAAGAUUCUGAAGUUUUAAUGAUGGUGAAAACAAGAACCUCAGUCUUACCUGUGCUCACUGAAUAUGUCAAGAAGCAUCAUCCAUAUGAAGUAUGUGAAGUCAUUUCCACUCAGAUCCUACAGGGCAAUCAACCUUAUUUAGACUGGAUACUAGAGUCUGUACCUGAAAAAGUGGUUGAUGAACUAUAGUUUAUCCCAAAUUGAAUACAAACCAAGGAACUGUG